AUGGCCAAAGAAUACCUGAAGCUCUACCCAAAAGCCAGUCUCUUAGAGGGGAGGGUUCCCUCAGGCGUCGGAGUGAAGGAUGUGCGUGGAGGGCAGAGCCCCCGGCCUCUGCCAGGGCAGACACGGCCCGGAGCCGUGUCCGAGGAGGAGCCGGCCGCCCUGAGGCCCGCGGGCCGUGCGCGGGAGGACGCGGCGCCCCCAGCUACCCGUGACGCCCGCGCGCUGAGGGAGGAUCCGGCGGGGCGGCGCAGAGAGCGCGAGCGGCCCAGAGGACGCCCGACCCCCUCGCCUCGCGAGGCCUGCGCGGGAGAACCGCUGAGCCCUCCCGGGUCUGCAGGUGGCCCAGCCGGCUCCUGUCAGGCUUCUUCAGAAUUGCCACUUAUGAGUAGAGUUCAGGCAAGCCUGAAGUAUGUUGCUGCUCAGAAAUGCUGUGUCUGGGAAAGAGACUUAAUUCACUCAGCCUGCAGCAGUAUGGUUAUUGUUGGUGGAAGAGUCUGGAAAACCCUCCUCCUGUGGGCCUCGGUUCUUGGAUAUAAUUCAGGAAGCGGUGGGAAAUUAGAUUGGAGAAGAAAGUUUAGGCUACGGGAUGAGGAGGAAGAAAGUGAAGUUUUCCUGGCGGUUCCACCAGCAUAAUAUCUGCAUUGGUUUCAUCGUGGAUCCCAGCCUUUUGCCAGGUGUGGUACCCACAGAGUCUCCUCGUGCCUUCCUGCUAGUGCCUUGUAAGUCUGUGCCAACAUGACUUGGGCCAGCUGUUCUUAACAGAUCCAUCUACAUGAGUCUGCUUGUGAGCCUCAACAGUACUGGAAGAAAAGUGCUGAUGUUUCCUGUCUUCUGAGACUGAUUUAUUUUCCCUGCUUUGUUGGAAAUGGUAGAGAAGGAAAAGACUUGAAAGAAAAGAAGAUAAUGAAAUGUAAGGAAACAGGUUGUGACAUAGCUUUUAUGAGAAAGAUGUUUUUAUGGUUCUCAUUACUACUUCAAAAUAUAAAAGGCCAAAUAACACUAAUCUACUAAAGCAAGCCAUUACUUUGAUGUUUCUGUUCUCAAAAAAGGGCAGGAAAAGCUAGAGAGCUGUGAGCAGCAUGAGAAAUUUUCAUUUUUUAAAAAAUGUGUCAAUCUGCACACUGAUUUUUUUUUCUUUUUUUAGUUUCCAUGUGAAGCUUCCAUGACCACACAUUAUAGUUCUCUCAUGUAUAAAUCACAGUUCUCCAAACUGCAGACCAGCAUGUUGGCUAGUGGUUUCAUACCCUUUGCCUUGUUUAAGGAUGCUCAGAACUGACUGUUUUGAGGAAAGGAUCCUUAGCUGUAUCUGAUUCAGUACCUGUCCAUUAUCUCUCAUUUUGGUAAUUCUGUCCUGGAGCUAAAAGUACUCUCCUAUUUGACAUAAAGCUUGCAAGAGGAUACAGAAAGAGCCCCUCAAUUUUAUGCUUAAUAGUUUAAAAACACUAUAAAUAUUACAAAUAAGAAGAGGGGCUUCUGGUGUUUCUUCUGAACAUGAUAUGGAUCAAAUUUCAAUCAAGACUCACUUUAAUGAAAAGAUAUACUAACACAACAUAGUUUUGAUAUCACUGAAAGAUUUGCUCAGACAUGGUCAUUGAGUCAUAGUGGCUAUGCGUCAUAGAUAAAAUUGGAUAAGUCAAAGGACACAAAUAAGUGUCUCUAAUGAAAGCAUUGGGACCCCUUCCCCAGAAAGACUGGGGACUUGUGGUUUUAAAUAGUUUGUCAUUAGACUUUGCUCUCAAGCUCAGAGUAACAGAUUUAUUUUCGUUAUUUAAUAUUUACCAACAUAGUAUAAAUGAAAUAAAAGGGAAAUUUUUUGAAAAAAAAUUAAAAGCCACAUUGACACAAAGCCACAUCCUAAUAAAAAUUAGGAUGAGAGGUGAGACAAUAAAAUGAUAUAUAAAGCCAAAGUUAUUAUUGUGGCAUUUGGCAAAAAUACAAACUGGAAGAGAGAAUUCUUAGAGGUGGUCAGGACCUCCUGAAUAAUUCAAAAAGUGGAGACAACUUGGAUUAAACAAACAAACAGCAAUCACUUUUAAAACAUUAAAAAGUAGUUUUUAAAAAUCAGGGUUGACAUUAUAUAGCAGUUGUUUCUGUGUAGAUCUGUUCUUGGUUUUCUUUUUCUUGGAAAGAACUGUCUGUACAAUGAUACCAUAUCAUUUUUGAUGGAAAGAUAUCCAUAAAUAUUUUUAACAAAUUAAAAAAUAAGGAGAGUUUUGAAACUCCUUUUGCUAGGCAUAGGUACUAUCUGUGGGAACACUUGUUUAAACUCAUGCAAUUUCAAGAUAUCAAGAGGGAAUGAGGUAUAGAAGAUAUAACUUUCUUUUUAAAAGUAAAUGUACAGUUAAAGAUGAAGAUUACUGUAUAGUCUAAAACAGCACUUAAUCUAUUCUAUUGCAUCUUUUUUUUUUCUAAUACCCUUGUAUUAGAAUGAUAUUAUUUACUUACUUAUGCCUAUGUAUCCA